AUGGGUAAAAUAAAGUUGAAAAGAGCUCUUGAAUUAGAUGUUAUUGAUUUCGCUGAAAAUACCAGGUUUGAAUUAUUUUUGUUUUUAUUUAAUUUCGAAUUUCUCGAAAUUCAAGUGCUCACGGUAUUCCACGUGCAUAUGUUUCAAAUGGAUGUCGAAGAUGGUUAUGGUUAUCAUUUUUCUUCAUUUGUCUUUUUGCAUUUUCCUACCAAGCAUUUUUGAUUAUUCAAAGAUUUAAUAGGAAUGAUAUUAUGGUUGGAGUUGAAAUUAAAUUUGAAGAAAUUCGUUUUCCAGCUGUUACUAUUUGUAAUAUGAAUCCUUAUAAAAAUUCAGCAGCAAGAGAAAUUCCAGAAAUUAAAACAGCUGUAAGUUAUUUUUUUUGAAAUUCAUUUUCUGGUUUUUUUUUAGCUUGAACACUUUGAGGAACAUAUUUUGAAGACAGAUGUAUCGCAUUUACAUACAACGAGAAAGAAAAGGUAACAAAUUUUAUCCUAAUUGGAACCUAAUGCUUCUCUAUGUUACAGAUCAAAUCUGAAAAUGAUUCCAGUCGAUGUUUCUUGUCAAGAAGAAAAUGGUUUUUAUACUCCAAAUAUUCUCGGAUCUUCAGAAUGUGUAUGUUUUUUUGUUUUGAUUCCGAGAAAAACCCUUUAAAAAUCACAUUUUUCAUUUUCAGACUUGCGCUGGAUUCGAAGAAGAAGAUGGAUAUUUAUGGAAUUGUUAUCCAUUUUCCGAAUGGUCACAUCGGAUAUGCGAAUGGAAAGAUGAAUUAUUUUCGACUUGUAAAUGUCAUGAUGGAUUUUGUUUGACAGAUGAAACAAAGGUUGUUUGAUCUUAUGAGCUCAUAAUAUCCUUUCUCGUUUUUUUCCAGUUUCAUGUUGCUUGGCCUCUUCAUGCUCAUUUUCCAAAAAACUCAUCAAAACUUUGUAUUUCACAAAUUGAUGCAUCUUCAAAAAUGCCUGAAUUUUGUAGCCAUUUCGACCAUUUUCACGUAUCUUCUUGUAAUAAUUGUGAUUGGCUUGGAAAAUGCGAUGAAAAUUUUGAAUCUGAAUUUGAUCAAAAAUGUAUAUGUCAUCAUAGUACAUGUUUUCAAAUUAAGAAUGUAAAGGUAAAACAAUUCAUCAAAAAAUCUAGUAUGCACUUGUUUUAGAAAUCGAGAAAUAAACGAGGACUUAUUGCGCAAAAAAGAGUGCAUGAAAAGUUAUUCACAAGAUAUGAAGGAUUGAUGGCCAUUUAUUCGGAUUGUAGAUGUAAAAAACCUGAAGAAUGUGAAUGGCUGGUGAGAGUUUGCAGAAGAAUUUCAUAAUAAUAUUUUUACUUUUUUUAGAAAACAAAACCGGAAGAUAAUUCAACAUAUUCCGAAUGUCUUUGUUUUUAUAAUCGAAAAAAUACACAGGUUUGGCCAUGUUAUACUGAAGAAUAUUGGGAAGAAAGAAAAUGUGGAAGAUGUAAUACAUUAGGAGAUUGUCAAUAUGCUAAAAAUGAAGCAAAAGCAAAAAAUCCAUGUCUUUGCGCAAAACCAAUUGGAAUGUGUGUUUGGAUUGAACCACCAGAUGAAAAUAAUUCAACUUUGGAAGAGAGAUUAGUGAAUUAUUGGGAUGUUGCACCAACAACAACAACAUCACCAAUACAAAAAAAGAAAGCACAAAGAGAAAAAGCAUAUGGAUAUACUGGUGUUACUGAUUUAAUUGCAUUAAGAGCAAAAGCUAUGGAAAAUAUUAUAUUUGCUGUUGAUGCAUUAACUGAACAACAAAAAUGGAGAAUUAGUUAUGAUAAAUUUGAUUUUAUUAGAAAAUGUUCAUUUAAUGGAAGAGAAUGUAAUGUGAAACAGUAAGUUUAUUGCUAUUAUUUUCAAAUUCCCACGUGAUAUUUCAUUUUGUUUCAAAAAUCAAUGUUCAGAGACUUUAAAGCCUAUCUUGAUCCAACUUAUGGUGCAUGCUUUACUUAUGGACAUAAUCAAUAUGAAAAUAAUACAAAUGAAAGACCUGGUCCAGCAUAUGGAUUACGUCUCGAAGUAUUCGUAAAUGUGACAGAAUAUUUACCAAGUACGGAAUCGGCUGGAGUUCGAUUAACAGUUCAUUCGCAUGAUGAAUAUCCAUUUCCGGAUACUGCCGGAUUUUCAGCGCCUGUUGGAUUUGUUAGCAGUUUUGGUAUCAAAUUGGUUAGUUUUAGAAAAAAGAGUAGGAGGGUACUGUAAUUUAGAAUUCAUUUGACUGAGCUGGACAAAUUUAACAAAAAAUUAAUAGGAAGGAUUUAUAUUUCUUUCUUGAAAAAAAGAAAAUCAGUUUUUUGUAGUCCAAUUUUCCAGAAAUCGAUGGAGAGGCUCGGAGCACCGUAUGGAGAAUGCUUGAAUGAAAAUGAAGAACAUUUCGAAAAUGAUUAUAUUUAUAAAAACACAUCUUAUAGUACAGAAGGCUGUCAAAGAAGUUGUAUUCAAAAACAUUUGACAAGAAAUUGUGGAUGUGGAGAUCCACGUUUUCCAGUUUAUCAACAAACUCGAAAUUGUCUUGUUGAUGAUAUUGAAACUAGAAAUUGUAUUAAACGAGAAAUUAUGAAUGCAACAAGAAAUUCAAAGAAAAUUGGAUGUUCUUGCAAACAACCUUGCAUGUAAGAAAUAUUAAAUUUAAAAGUUUUCAAUUUCUUUUUUAUUUCAGCCAAGAUGUUUAUUCUGUUUCAUAUUCUGCAUCUCGUUGGCCAGCUGUUGCUGGUGAUCUUUCUGGUUGUCCACACGGAAUGUCAGCAUCACAUUGUUUAACUUAUAAAAGAGAGCAAGGAUCAAUGAUUGAAGUGUACUUUGAACAAUUGAAUUAUGAAUAUUUGAAAGAAACUGCUGCUUAUGGUUGGUCAAAUCUUCUUUCUGAUUUUGGUGGACAACUUGGUUUGUGGAUGGGUGUUAGUGUUAUAACAAUUAUGGAAGUAUCUAUAUUUAUUUGUGAUGUUAUAACAUCAAUUAUUGGUUUGAGACCUGAAAAACGUCGACCAGCUCGCAAAUCAUUUUCAAGUUCACUUCGAUGUUCGAGAGAUUAUAAUAUUAACAAAGACGGGAUUAUUAAUUGA